CUGGCUGAAUGUAGUCACAAAACUUAUUCCUGACCAGGUAUGUUCGGCCAUCUUGCGACACAAUCGCCGAAAUUAAUAAUAAUAAUAACAAUGGUAAAACGUAAAUAAUUGUAAACGUAAAAAUAGUGAAUCAUCUCAUUGAUAAUUAGUGGGAAAAUAAGUGUUCAGUUUAAAAUUGGUUAUUGGCUAUGUAGUUUGUUUUUGUGAUUGUAAGAUAUGUGUACUCGGUUUUUAUUUCCUUAUAUUGGACUGACAACAUAAUUACAAGCAGGUGAAAUGAAGCAGUUUUUACAAAUAUGGACCUACUGACAAAAAAAUCUACACUGGUAAAAAUAUAAAUUACUUCUAUGAUGAUUCUGAAUGGUUCAAAAGACAAGUCGCUAAAAAUAUCAACCAAGUGAGAUCAAACAGCUGAAUUGAAAUGGAAAAGGAAAAUGACAAAAACAAUGAUGGAAACUCUAACUCCAAUAAAGUUUCAAACCAACCAGAUCAUUCGUCCUUGCUUGAUGCUGCCAAUCUCUUUGGUGCAUACUGGCCCCGAGAUGCAGCUGCCAACUUAUUCGCUGUUGCAGCUGGUGGUUUUGGUCUUCCAACACACCCUUCUUUACCAUUCGGAAUGAUGUCUGCAAGCUCAGCAGGAAGCCGGCCUUCGGCGAUGCCUUCUUCCUAUCAAUCAACAGUCAACGCAUCGGCAGCUGCCUCUGUAUACACUAAUACUCUCUCUGCUGUAGCUAACCAGGCAGCUAGUUUGGGCAUACCGGCUGGUAGUGCAGCAUGGUGGUCGAUGGCUUCUCAGUUAGCUGCUCAAGAUUAUCUGGCACGGUUACAAGCAUCUGGUCUAAAUUUUGCCGGGUUAGGAGGUCCUGCAGAUCUCCACUAUUCAAGUUUGGGACUACAGUCUCUAGCUGGGCAAAUGAAAACACCGAAGAGUUCCUACAAAGGUGGUCAUCCUUUGUCAUCAUCCACGCCACUUUCAAGGUCACAAGACCAUUCAAAGAUGUCCAUGUCAUCCAAACUAGAUCUCAAUAGCAUAUCUGAUCCAAUGAAAGCCUCAUUCGCUAAUCUACACUCGAGUUCACAGUCAUCCCGUAGUAGCACCAAAACGUCUUCAAGCUUAACCAUCCAACCAACUUCAAAAUCCAUCGAUAAGCAUUCUAAACCGAAAUCAAGCAAUAAUGAUCAUACCUCGUAUGACAAAAGACAGAAAAGUAUGUUGUCAAGUAAUGAAAGUCCAAAUUUGAAAGAAUCGUCAUCUUCGUCUCCGAAUAUGUUUGCCAGUCCCUUCAGUAUUAACAGCAGUAUUUCAUCAGAGAACUCUGAAAGUGGUCAGGAGAGUUCGGGGUAUCUUCCGCCGGGUGUUUUAGGUGAUCCUAAUUCUAUUUUGGGCGGUGUUAGGUUACCACCUGACACGGAAAUAAUCAAGUACACAUCAUCUAUAGUCGGACCGAAAGUACCUGGUACUACGAAUCGAGGAAGAAAGAAGACUAUCAGUCUCGAUCCGCCGUUCGUCAGCCUGCAUCCUUCACUACAGCUUGGCCCAGAAGGACUUAUGCAAGCAAUGGUUAAAAAAAGCAGUUCCAAUGGGCAAGAUAUUACGCCUCCUUCUACACCACCGACAGACAAAGCGGAAGAGAAGAGGGCUACGAAUGGAAACAUAUCGGAUAUGGCAGCCAGUUACGAUGGUACAGAAUCGACAGGAGAAACACCGUUAAAUCUGUCGGUCAAACCUACUAUGGAUAACUCUAGUGUCAAUUCACUGGCAUCGUUGAGCAAUAUUUCAUCAAGUGUCGGAACAGACAGAAUAUCUCGAAGAAAACCUGGUCCCAAGCCAAGACGGAUCAUUACCUCCGGAAACCAAAUGUCUUCAUCUUCAAGCAAUUUCUAUUCCCACCUAUUCUCCCCAGUUGAUUCUCCAAGACCACCAAGUAGAAACGAAGGCUCCGACGGGGGUAGCUCGACGUCUUCGACAUGUACCACCUCUGCCACGAUAUCUGCAAGCGGUACGCCAAUAUCUCCGGGCCUGAGUUAUAGUCAAAAGGAAGGAAGGCCUAGGAACUUGGGAAGAGGAAUUAGUAAACCGAAAAAGAAUACUGUAGCGUCGUUAUUAGCACAGAGUAGAGCAUUAGGUAUUAAACCUGUUCCACUACUAGACGCGAAUGCCUCGAUAAAUCAACAAAUGAGUGUUUUGAAAUCCAACCUGAUGGCUGCACAGCAAUACUUAUCCGACACCGGUGACGAGCAAGCGCUGAAUAGGCUUCUUCAAGAUAAAAUUAAAGGUGCGCUCAGUGAUUCCAGUACAAUAGAUGCCUCUGAUUCUGAUAAUUUGACCGAUUCCAAUCAUACUGAUUCUGAAAUGGAAGUGGAGGUAGUGGCAAAGAAACAAAAGCAAUACGAUGAACGGUUAUUGAGAAUUCCUCUAGAAAUAGGUUGGAAACGAGAAACAAUCAUUAGAGGUUUAACAAAAAACGGAAACCUAAAGGGAGAUGUUACAUAUACAGCCCCAGAUUCAUCGAAUAAAUUUAAACAAAUGUCAGAUAUUUCACAGUAUUUGGAAUACCAGAAAAGUUUGGAUCUUUCAAAAGAUAAUUUUACCUUCAGCUGUCGAAUAAUAUUAGGGGAUUAUCUACAACCUGUUCCUACAGAAAUUCAGUUGGAAGGGAACGAAUUUAUUCGAUUGACAGAAGAAGACAUGAACAAAAGGCUUGAAGAAUUUUCAUUUUCAAUGAGGACAAGUAUUCCAGUUGAACAGAGAAUCGAGUUGGCGAGAAAGCAGCAAGCAGCCAGAGAAGCAGCGCGACAAGACAAAGAGCAGACUAAGUUAGCGCAAGCGCAAGAGAACGAGUAUUUUGACAGGCAAGAACAAAUAAAAUUCGAAAAGGAAAUUAAACAUCCACCAAUGAUAGAGGUAACGAAAUACCUUUCAAUAGAUGAAAAGGUUGCCAAUGAUAAAGAACUCAAAAAGCAACAAGCCACCCUGCUUAAAGAACAGGAACGAGAGAGAAAACGCCAGCACAUGAUUCUCAUCAAAACAUUGGAAAACAGACGUAAACUGGAAGCAAGAGAACGCAAAAAGCAACAACUUCUCGCAGAAAAGCAAGCAAACAAGGAGAAGAAACUUGAGCAAAGGAAACAAGAAUUGGAGAUCCUGACUGAAAUUAGAAAACCGUGUGAAGAUUUGGAAAUUGAUCAGACGUUUUUACCAGAAUACCAGCGAAUACCUGGACUGAAAUUGUCAGCAAAAGCAUUCGGCGAUCUUCUUAUGGUAUUCGAAUUUCUGCACAAUUUCGGGGAAACUCUUGGUUUCGACAUGGAAUCUUUACCAACUUUAAAUUCCCUUCAGAAUGCUUUACUACCUAGCAAAAUGUCGACCGAAUACGAAGACGAGCUAUUUUCAAUAAUGACUCAUCUGCUAGUUUGUGCUAUCGAAGAUCCAGGAAUACCUAAUCCAGCAAGAUACACAACAAGUCUAGGUCAAAGUUUGAGGCAAGCUGAUAUAACUCCUUCGAAUAUAUCCGAAAUUUUAAGGAUAUAUUUGUACGCCAAUGCAACUGGGGAGAUUAAGGCUUUAACUGGAAUUCAUUUCGAAAGAGAACGUGAAAAGAGAAUUGCAGAUCAUCAUCAACUUGAGGACGAGAUGGUUGUAACUCAGACUGGAAAGAAUGCGCAAUAUUAUGAACAAUUACACAGCAAUCAGACAUACAAAUUAUCAGAUUUGUUGAAAACCCGGCCGUUUAUGAGUCUUUGUCCUACGACUAAGGCUGAAAUUCUGGCGUAUAUUUGUAAUGAAUUGCUUCAGAAUAAGGCCGUUAUCAGACAGAUCGAAAAUUCUUUGGAAACUGUGAUACAACAGAAAAAAGAGAAGUGGUUGCUCGACAUGAAAAUUAGGAAGUUAACUCUACUCCAUAAUAAGAAAAUUAGAACAGAAAGCAUAGAAAAGUCUCAUCUGAGAUUUGAUGAAGAUCCAUUAGCAGAUUCUCCUUCCUUAAAUAAAGACGAUCUGCUAGAUGAAGAAGAUAACGAGUUAAGUGAAAACGAAAGCGUGGGUACUCAACCAGAGGAGGAGGAAGAUAACAAACUAUCUCCUGAAGAACUGGGAAAGAAACUGGAAAAAUUCAUAAAAACAUCUGAAAUUCACUUAAGUACUAUAAAGGCAGCUAGCUUACAGUUGCGAGCUAUCUGCUACGGACAAGAUAGGUACUAUCGAAGAUACUGGUCGCUGCCCAAAGCAGGUGGGAUAUUCGUGGAAGCAGUAGAAAGCGCGGAUCCAGAUAAAGCAAGAGAACAAAUGUGCCCAGAUAAUUCUGAACUUGGCAGUGAUGGCGUUCAAGGGUUAAGCGAUUUCGAUAAUUUGAGUCAAAAGGAAGAGGAGGAUGAUAUGGGUAUAGACGAAGAGAUUAAUAGAAUCAUGGCAGGAAGCGAGGAUGACAACGAUUCUAGAUUAGCAAAAUACGGCGAAGAAUAUGAUAGAAAACCAAAUAGAAUCUUUGAAAACGGAGAUGUUAAUAUCAAAUCCGAACCCAAUGUAAAAGAUACUCAGAGGAUAAAAGAGGAAAUUGGAGAUAUGGCCGAGAAACAUACAAAUAGUGAUAUAGAAACAACUGAAAGUAAUGAAGGAUUUAAUAAUACUACAGAGGAGUACGACAAUUUUAGUAAUAAGCCUUUCAGUCUCUUCGAGAGGCUAGGCCAAUGUGUAGAACGUGAGAAUAAGACUGAGGAGGAUUUAAAAAUGGAAGUAAAAGCUGAAGUAAAGGAAGAAUUAAAAAAUGAAAUCCUGAACGAACUAAAAGCAGAUAUAAAACACGAAUACUCGGUAGAAUCGAAUCACGAAAACGACGAAGAACAUGAACACAAAUGGUUCAGCAUAUUAAGUUCUGACACGACGUCUUGUGAUGAGAUCAAUCUCAGUUCGGGCGCUAGAUGGGAAAACGGAAUCGGAGCUUGCACGAAGGACAUCAUGGAGCUUAAAAUUCCAGUUUUUCCCCCGCCAAAUUCUGACGCUUCUGCUUACACAAACUGUGAUAGUCCGACGCCUCUUCAGUUGACGCCUGAAGAAAGUUUUCAAUUGGAGUAUAUCCGGAAGCACGGAACUAUUAAGUGUACUCAGAAAAAGAGCAUUCCAACUAAAAUGAGGUAUGGAUGGUGGCGUAUAUUCGAUGCAACACAACUCAGAGAAAUUUUAGACAAUCUACAAAUAAGGGGAAUACGCGAGAGAGAAUUGAAGAGGAAUUUCAUAAAUAUUAUGCAGGCAAUGUACGAUAAGAAAGGAAGACUAGUUAUAGAAGAGGGAAGUAGGGAUUUGACUGCUUUGAACGAGGAACCUGUAGAUGGAAUCAAAUAUAUCGAAGAGAGUGCUCCUGAACCAGAACAUUUUAACGCUUACAGUAUUGAAAUGGAACAAAGGAUCGACAUGUUUUUAUUGGAGCAGAUUGAAACAUUGGAAGAUAAAGUAGCUAACGCUAGCAUGCAGACGAAGGGUUGGAAGCUGCCGUGUCGAGAUUUGAAUGACCCAUCACACGAUGAAUUUAUCGUUCUUGCAAAGAACAGACUGGCAUCUUUGGAGAUGAAUAUUGAGAGAAGAUAUUUAAAGCCACCUUUAGGAGUCAGUACUGGUGAUCCCCAUUUAGCGACGCUUAGCCAAGAAUCCUCCUCUUCCACCACUUUAACCACUCAACUAAAUUCUGACGAAAUACCUAAAGGAUUGGCUACAUGGAGAGACGCUGUGCAUCGCAGUUUGACGACGGCUCAAUUAUCAAUGUGUCUCUAUUCAUUAGAAGCUUGCAUAGCGUGGGAUAAAAGUAUCAUGAAAGCUAAUUGUCAAUUUUGCCAGAGUGGUGAUAACGAAGAUAAACUGUUACUCUGUGAUGGCUGCGAUAAAGGUUAUCACACUUACUGCUUCAAACCUAAGAUGGAUACUAUCCCAGAAGGAGAUUGGUACUGCACCGAAUGUUUAAAUAAAGCUACUGGAGAUCGUAACUGUCUCGUUUGUAGCAAGAAAAUCUCGAUGACUGGUUCAAAGCUAGUGUUGUGCGAAUUGUGUCCUCGAGCGUAUCACACCGAUUGCAUUCAGCCCAACCUACCCAAGAUUCCUCGGGGUAAAUAUUACUGUUUAAAUUGCAUUUCGAAGAAGCCUCAAAAGAAACCAGUCAAAAAGCCUCCUAAACCGAAAGAGCAAGAAGUACCAGAACCAGUUCAGACACCAGCCAGCCCUACUCCAUCCCACAGUUCCAUGACAAUGACAACUGAAGAUAUAUCAGUAUUAAAUAGUUCUCAAAGUGACACGUCGUCGACAAACGUACUGAACGUCUCUUUAGAGUCUCCAUCCACUCCAAAUCACAACAAAAAAGAUAGGAACAAGAAACUAGCAAAAGAAUUCGCACCGUGUAAAACGUUACUGGAAGAUCUGGAAUGCCACGACGAUGCUUGGCCGUUUUUACUGCCUGUUAACACUAAACAAUUUCCUACGUACAAGAAGAUUAUCAAGAUUCCGAUGGAUUUGUCAACUAUCAAGAAGAGAUUGCAAGACCAACAGUACAAAUCAAGAGAAGAUUUCUGUGUCGACGUGAGGCAAAUCUUCAACAAUUGUGAAACGUUCAACGAGGAUGACAGCCCAGUGGGCAAAGCAGGCCACGCCAUGAGACAGUUCUUCGAAGCCAGAUGGAACGAACUAACCUUGAACAGUUGAGGAUUGCUUCACGCCAAGAGGCAGUAAUUGUUAAUAAAUAAAAACAUUUGCCAUAUUUUUGAUAAGAAAAAUUCAGGUGUUUUCUGUGUGUGAUAUUCAACCGAUAAUAAAAGUGCUAGAGGCUUUUUUGCGAUUGUAAGUUGCGUAGUCGAUCGGACUUAAAAUUAUUUAUAAUUUUUGUAUGUAAUUUUUUUAGUUAUAUUUUUGUAUAAUUGAUUAUUGAUCAUGUAUUAUGAUACAAAGUAUCUGAAAGUAUUAUUUUUUACUUUAUUUUUGUCAUAGAGGGCUAGGAUGCAUGUAGGGUUACUGUAAAGCUCUGAAAUUGCUUUUUUUCACAAAAAACUUUUUAAAUUCACAUGUAAAAAAUAUUAUGCGGAAAAGCAAAUUGUGUUCAUAAGUUUAAUAAAUGAUAAAUAUUGUGCAUUGGUUGUAAAA